CCCGGCGCCCGGGGAGGGCGGGGGGGGGGGAGAGAGAAGAAAACACAAAACAAAGGCGGCGGCGGGCGGGAGCUGCAGCGCGGUCGGCGGCAGGAUGCCUCGGCCGCCCCUCGGCCCUCAGCGCGGGAGACGCACGCCCAGCCCCCGCUUAUGACCCCUGGCCGCCGCCGCCGAGAAGGUAGCUUCGAGGCGAGGGGAGCCACCCCCCCCCCCCCCUUUGUUUUUCGGUGAGGGACCGGCGCUGAGCCCUCGCUGGCCGCCGUGUGAGGACCGGGGGUGCCGCCUCCCCUCCUGCCAUUGCCUCCCCCCCCACACACCCGGAGGGAAAGGUGUCCCGGGGGCUCGCUGCUGCUCGGGGUCCGGGCUGGGGAGCGCAGCCGGCACGGCGCAGCGCUCCGGCCUUCGGCUUUUGGGGCGUCCGUCGGGAUGCGCGUCCCCCUCGGGGCGAGGGGGCGUCCCCGAGGGCAGGCUGCUUCGUGACCGUGCCCGGGGCAGCCCCCUCGCCCGCUGCAGCCCCUGCGAGGAAGGCGAAGAGAUCUGUUGGUUCUGGUUCCUGCUGCCGGUGGCGAAUACAGUGAGGGCUUCCAGAGAGGUUCCUCUUGGUUCUAGACCGGCCUGCUGUACAGAUUACUCUCUCAAGACCUAUUGAAGCACAGUGACUGCUUCCUAUAAACAAUCUUUAAUGUUGUGACUGUUUCUCUUCUGUCACUUGUGUGGAAAGUGCCACACACACUCCAGAACAACAACGGCUUUUGCUUGCAUAUUCCAGUGUUUCUUUUGUCAGCGAGUUCAGCAAAGUUGUAGUUCUUCAAGUGCCAGCCCUGAGCUGAGUGAGGAGCCACCAGCAGAGAUGGUAAAAAUGACAAAAUCAAAAACGUUCCAGGCUUACCUGCCAAACUGUCAUCGAACCUACAGCUGUAUCCACUGCAGAGCCCAUCUAGCCAAUCAUGAUGAAUUGAUCUCCAAGUCCUUCCAGGGAAGCCAGGGACGAGCCUACCUCUUUAAUUCUGUGGUAAAUGUGGGCUGUGGUCCAGCAGAGGAGAGAGUUCUUCUGACAGGUUUACAUGCUGUAGCAGAUAUCUAUUGUGAAAACUGUAAAACCACUCUUGGAUGGAAAUAUGAACAUGCUUUUGAGAGCAGUCAGAAAUACAAAGAAGGAAAAUUUAUCAUUGAACUUGCCCACAUGAUAAAAGACAAUGGCUGGGAGUGAAUCAUAACCUUUUUCCUUCUGUUUGGACAAUAUUCUGUGGAACAUGCUUUACAAAGACUAACGCAAAGUAAAGGAAGAGCUUGGCUAGAGUGGCCCUGAGAAUAUCACUGAACUCUGAAACCUCACAAAUGAGUAGUGUAGUGUAAGUGGCUAUUUCAGGCCAUGUUUGCCUUUUCUCCUUGUGUAAGUUCCCUCUUUUUGUACGUGUAUUAUUGUGUGAACAGUUGUUUUGGAACAUUUUGGAUGACCUUUUUCUAAACUCUCUCAAACUAGAGAAACAGUCCACUAAUUGAAAACGGAUUUUACUGGUUAGCAUCUAUCUCUGACCUAUGCCUUUAAUGCUACCUUCUGCUGUGCAUGCUUCUUGCCUAAACACCUACACUCCAGUCCUGUAGAAGUUCUAUAUCUGAGCAGUCCGAAAGAAUGUAUGGGAUGGGGUGCUUUUUUAUAUGUAGCAAUUUCUGAUGUGUUUGGCAGUGAAGAGGAUGCAGUAUUGUAGUUAAUUUCUUUUUUUAAAUUUGAGUGUACCACAACCUAUGUACAUCUUGUAGGUGAAUCGGUUAAAGGUACAGUGCUCACUUUAAAAAAAAUAUUUCAAUUGCACUGACUGAAGUUAGCAGCCUCAAGUUGCUAGGAAAUGUUAUGCUAGAGGUUUGGUAUCUUAAUGAAAUACCUUAGAAGGAUUUUAAAUCAGUAAUGCUAUAGAAUAUGUUCAUUUAAGACCAACAUAUUCCCUAAGGAGUUUGCUGGAUAAGAAAUAAAAACUAUAAAACUAUAGCUUGCAAGAUUAAAAAGGCAGAAAAAUAUAUGCAUCUUCUAUUUUGGAAAAAAAAAUUAGUCAGUGUAUUAAAAAAAAAGUUUUGGUACUGUACCUUUGCCAGUAACAGGGACUUGUGCAUCGGUAAAGUUUUAUGGCUGGUUCCAUGUAACUGUAUAGUCCUAAUGCACUGGACAAAGAGGUUGAUAUCAAGGAAACUUGUUGAAGUAUUCUGCUUCUGCUACAUUUGAACAAAAAUAUUUAUUUUUGUGAGAAAUGGCCAGAGCCUAUGACAUGAAAAUUAAUAUAGUACCUGUAGGAAAAGGAGGGGUAAUAAGAGGGAAGGGAAGUUUGACUCGGUUUUUCAUAAAAUAACAAGAUAGUUUUUAAAACUUGGGGGUGGGGAAAGGGUUUCUUGGUUUGCUGGCUAAAUCAUCCCCAAGUACCUUUUUUAUAAUAAAAAUUUAUAUGAAACUCACCUUCUCUUUUGUUCUCAUGCUGUUUCUGAAAUGGAAUGAGUCAAUGAGAGAAAAUUCUGGACAGUGUAUGCACAAUAUUAGCUGUUGGUAUCUGUGCGUGCAAAUUCUGAGCAACUGUGAAAGAAAUGCUCUACGUAAAUUUGCUAACUUUAUUUGCAAAUUAAACAGUCUCUGAAGACUUUUUGUAUUUUAAUCCUUUUAAUGCUUGAGGACAAAAUGUUUGGAAAAAACCCUUUAACACUACGUAAGUACUAUAACUGAACAAUAUGGAAGCCUUGCAAUACAAAAUCAUUUUCUCUCAAUAACAAUUCUAAUAUGGCACCUGCAAAAUUAGUCAUAGGUGCUGUUGCUGCUGUAACGUUUUUGGGAAUCCGAUAGGCUUUCUGAACUCUGCUGCACUUUAGAAAUUUUGUCAUACAUGAAAAACUAUGCCAAUGGGUAGGGGCAAUACAAAUCCUUUAAAACCAGCUUUCCGGUGUCUUUGUGGAGAGGAAGAGAGAGAAGAGAGUUCACCCAUGUGUAUGCGUUCUCUGAUGCAGGCUGGUUAAACUGCAUUCAAGAUGUUGUAGUGAUCUAUACCUAUGAAUUAAAAAUGUAAGAAUUAGAGAAGUAGUUAAAGCUCUUGGGUUUCAGUCCAGAGACCUAAGGUAGUACAGUUGUGUUCAAUCUGGAUUUUGUGGCUUACAUGUUACUACUUCAUGUUCACAUCAUCAGGCUUCAAAGUCUCCUUUUAACAAUGUCAUUGAUGCAAGAUGGGCUUUGGUGUUGCCUGUCUCUUGAUCUUUUUUGACCUGGAAUUCUUGGGAUUUUAUUUUCCUCCAUUGUAAUGUAUGUUGCCAACAAAGAAGGCACUAAAACUUCUAUCAGCAAAAAUUUUGUGUUGGCUUCAAAGUCCAGUUGCAACGUUGAUACUUGUGAACAGGCUUAUGUGAAGUUUGUGUAUCUUUGGGCUUUUCUUAUUUCCUGGCUAUGGGCUUGUUGAAGCAGUACACUGGACUGAAGACAAAAGUAAUGGCUGCUUUUCAGUAGAGAGUUGAAAUUAAAGAAAAUAUGUAAAGUAUUAAAGAUUUUUCUCUAAAAUUGGGGGUUUGGCUAUCUUCUGUUAGUAAGUUAAUGCUGCCUGUAACACAGUCUGAUUCUUACUUAAAUUCAACCUCUUUCUUCAGUGCAUUAUUUGUAUUUCAAACUGGACAUUUUCACCAAAACCUUAAUUAACUUUGAUGCCAAAGGUUGGGACUUCAUCAAGUGCUUAGCACCUAGAGCUUCAGACUACUGGCAUAAAGAGUUAAUGAUCUAUAUGUGAUGUUUAUGGCUUUUAAGAGAACCAAACAAAGCAAUAUUCUUUUUGGUCUUUUAAGAGUGGACGCUUAGGAGUAAAGAGUAGAACUAGUACAGAAUUGCUAUUUCAUGCUGCCAUGUAACAAUUCUUGAGGCUCAUUCUAUUGAGGGAAUACAUGAAUUUUCUUCCUGUGUUGCUUGGCAGCAUCAAUGAUUAUUUUCUCCCCUUGUAAAGAUGUAGAGAGUUCUUGUUAUUGGUUUUGGUGAAAGUAGAAUCCAGAUAGCAAUGGCUGCUGGCUGAUGUGAAGAGGUCAGUCUGGUCACUGAACCCUCCAGCAGUCAUUUGAAAGAAAAAUAAACUUACUUGAAAAAAAUUUACUAAAGGAUUUUCCCUCUAACCAAUUUUUGUAAUAUAUUAAAGAUUAUAUUUAAAGUUUGUAUGUGUUUGCUCUGGGCAAGUUUACUUCCCCUCCAACUUGAGCACUUUUGUUACUUGUACUGGUUAUUUUUAUUGUUGGUCUUAACAUUUAUUUUGUAUUUUGUUUUUUAUAAACUGUAACAAAAAGCUUUUGUGAACCUUUGUUUCUUGCUGGCUCUUUCUUGGACCAAAUGAACUGACUAUGAGCUGGCUUAGAAGAAAUGUUCAUUGGGAUGCAUAGGAAUUUGCUAGCAAAAACGUACAUGUAUUGAAAGUUUUUUCCUCUGAACCUCUAAAGCCAUGCCUGUCCUAAAAUAAUUAAUCAUAAUUUGAUGUGACUUCAGUAAUCUGACCACACAUUCUCUGUCUAGGUCCAAAAUAAUGGCUGUAACAAUGGUGUUCCAGGACUGAGUCUGCCUCCAAACACUAGAGUUUUAUUCUUUGGCUGGUCACUCUAAGUACCUUUUUGAUUAAUAAAAGGCAAUGCUGCCAUCUAUAAAAACUCUGUUAAGUUGCAAACUUGCUGUGAAAUAAGCUGCAGAAUUUGGGGGAGGGAUUGCUGACACAUCAACCUAACCACUCUUGCUGUAUGCUUUUUAGCAGUGUAGUAAUCUCAAUUUUAUCUGCCAGUAAAAAGGGCCAGAAUAUGAAUUUCCCUCGUUCAUUGUAAGCUAUAUGAUGACAAACUGUAUUAAUGAAGUUUAUUAUAAUUCCAUCUUAAUUUCCCACUAGCAAGGCCGAGUAUAAUGGCCAUUCUGAGUGGUAUGCCCUGCAUGCUUGCUGUCUUUCACACUCCGUGGGAGAGGAGGGGGAAUACAGUUUAUGAAAUUUCUUUGAAUUAAGAUCUGGCCUCAGAGAUUCUGACAAAUAGUCAUCACUGUGCCCAUAACCAAAUGGUCAUCUGUAUUUCUUAUUGGUGUAUCAAGUUAGUGCAAGAGUUCAUGAACGCUGUGUACCAUUUUUGGUGGACUUACGCUUCCCUCUGAGUAACGCUUGUAGAGCUUUUUCUGCAUGCUCAUCUCAGCAGUCAGAUUGCAACAGUAGUGACCUACAGUCUCUCAGGCCAAAUUUCAAACAUCUCCGUUCUGUGAUAAUGGCGAUGAGUGGAAGAAGCUGUCAAAUUAUUGUUAAACUUUUUGGACACUUUAUUGUACUUCAUUGAGACUCAUGUUAAGCCAACCAGCAGUAUAAACGCUUACUGGAAAAGGAACAGACACUUCAGAGGUUUCUUUUAAAAGGACUGUUACAAAUGGUUUAAGGCCUAAAGCAUGAGUCAUAAAUGGCAGUUGAGUUGUGCCUCAUAGUUUCUUAAACUCUUUACAAUGCUUUCUUUUACAGGUGACAUGGCUGUGUUGCUGUUUUGUCCUAGCAAUACUGUACAUCAUUUGUUGUUUCACUAUAUUGUAUCUACUUGAGGUAUCACAAUAAAAGCUUUCGAUUGUUUUGUUGAGUUA